GCUGCCAAAGGUGGCUUCCUGGAGAUCUUGAUGGUGCUGUCUGCCUACAAGGGGGAUAUUGGGAUCAUUGCCAUGGAUGGUAACACAGCCCUUCACCAUGCUGCUGGUGGGGGGUUUGCUGAUUGCUGCAAAUUUCUUGGACAAAGAGGUUGUAAUCCCAACUGGAAAAAUAUAAAAGCUCUGACUCCCAAAGCUGUGGCCAAAGAGGGUGGAUUCAAGUCUGCCAUGAAGGAGCUGAGCAAAGCGAUGCGUCUCUUCAAAAAAUAUUCCAAGCCAGGAGUUAAAAAUCCCAACCCACCUUGGGCCAUAACACUGCAUGACUGGUCAUUUGAAAACCAGGCAGUCCUUCGAGAAUCAUUUGCUGCGUUGGAUAAGGGGGAUGGCAUUAUUUCCAGGGAGGAAUUUGCUGCAGUUCUCUUGGAGAAGGGAGCCCCAGUGACCACAGAAGAACUGGACAAUGUUAUUCAUCUGCAUGAGAAAGGACGUGGAGGAGACAUCAGUGCUGAAGAGUUUCUAAAAGGGUCAAAGUAUCUACAGAAAGCUUUUCUUCUCUCCUCUUAUGGACCUAAAAAAAAGAAAGGAAAGAAAGGGAAAAAGGGGAAGAAAGGGAAGAAAACACUUCCUGUGCCAAUAUGUACAAUGCCAAGUCAUCUCAUUUCACGUCGGGAAGAUGGUGGCCCUCCCAACUUUAUGAUUGAAACAUUUCAUAAUCUAACUGACCUUAAUCGAUUUGAUUGUGACCACCCACCACAAAACCCCCUGACAGAUGACACUGGGUGGUAUGUGGAUGAGCUAGAAAAGGUGUACACGAAUAUAAACUUUGCCACCAAGGCUGGAGACCUGGAGUCUUUGAAAAAGGCUUUUGAAGAAGGAGUACCUGUGGAUGUGAAAGACGUUUUUUUUUUUAAAACACCUUUGAUUUCUGCGUGUGCUUAUGGAAACAUGAACAUUGUGAAAUUCCUCCUAGAAAAAGGUGCUGAUGUCAAUGCAAGUGAUAACUUCAUGUGGACUCCAUUGCACCAUGCGUGUCAUGCAGGCCAGCAAGACAUAGUGGAAUUGUUAAUUAAACACGGAGCGAAGAUAGAUGCAGUGGCCCUCAAUGGAUCCACUCCACUGAUGAGAGCUGUGGAAAGUGGCAGCUUAGACUGUGCUCAGUUUGUAAUUACAUGUGGAGCUAAAGUGCAAAUAGUGAACAAGAAAGGACAAAAUGUUCUUGAUGUUGCAAAAGCCUAUGCUGACUACAGAUUGAUUGACUUGAUUCAAACCAAACUGGACAGUUUACCAAAACCAAAAGAGAAAAAGAGCAGCAAGGGGAAAGGCAAAAUGGAAGGAAAAUCAAGAGCGGUGUCUAAACCCCAGACCCCUGCAAUUGUAGUUCCGCCACCUGUUAAGCAAGAGAUAUCAAAGCCUAUAGAACUGGUUCAUUCUGAAAGGGAGAAGAAGGGUACUAUUGCUCAACUGAACCACCUAAUAACAAUGGGAGAAACAAAGAAAGUCGACAUCACAUUUGUGCCUAAAACAGUUUGGGUCUCAGAGCCCAGCACAGCGGACCUCAUGAAAAAAAGAGAACACCUACGUGAACGCUUCACGUAUGAAGUAGACUUUGAAAACUUCAAGAUGCCAUUUAAUAAGAAUCUAGCGGAGAAAUCCUUG